AUGAGACUGCUGAGGCGUAGGAAAACAAUUUUAGUAAUCUUGGUAACAAUAUGGCUAGGGGGAAUGGUAUAUUUUUUGGCUCCUUUGACCGGAACAAAGGACGAUUCACGACGAACUGAGGACUUCGUAAACUUUGGUGACACCGGUGAAUUGGAGUCACUUGAACAAGACAUUAACGAACAAGAAACCAACAUGAAUGAAGACACUUAUAAUAACAAAGUAAGUGUGUAAACAGUGUUUGCCCCUUCUUUGUCACUAACAUUGGAAGAAUUUCCUAGUGCAUUAGAAUUAAAUUUCCAGUGUCUGGUACCAGUACAGUAUAUAGUGACCAGCUUAAGCUAGAUUAAUAGUUCAGUUUGGCAAAUAUCAUGCAUGUUUCACGUAAUUUUUUAGCUUAGCUUCUUGAACUUUGUAUCUCUGAGGUUAAGCUUUUUUUGUUUGUUUGUUAUUGUGACAAUUUCUGAAACUAAAAAAGGAGAUAAACAAGCUUUUAAUCUGUGAAUCUGGACAAUAUCAUAGAUUUAACCUUUCGAUUGUAUCCAUGGAUUGUAUCCAUACAUGCAGAUAAGCUUAACCUUUUAGCUUUAAUUAUUAAAUAAUUAUUUCCUUGUGUCUAUGUUUUCAGUUUUCCAGUUUUAUUCACAUUGUAUAAUAUAGUAAUGAAGGAAUAAAACAACAAAAAAAGAAGAAGAAGAAAGGAAUUGAAUUAAGACAGAGUCCACCAGGAAAUUGUCAGUGGAUAAAAACCUUGUACCAGAAUAAUUUAAAGAAUAGUGCAUUCUUUUUUACAUUUUUCUAGGGCUAAAGAUGUAAUUAGUCAUCUGUAAUAACACCAGAGAAGAUUUAUCACAGGAGUCUGAGAAAAUGAAUAGUGAAAACACAAGUAAAAUUCUAAAAAAUUUCAUGUGUAAGAUGCCAUUUUGUUUUCUUUGGUGUUAUUACAGAUGACCAUUAUAUCUUUAGCUCUGGAAAAAUGCAAAAAGAAUGCAAUACAUGUAUGCUUUAAAUUAUUCUGGUACAAGGUUUUUGUCCACUGAAAAUUGAAAUUACUCAGUUUCCUGAUGGAUUCCGUCUUAAUGUCUUUGAUGGAAGUGACGGUGGUCAGAGGAGCUUAGCUUUUGAGCUAACCAUCACUAUAUAAGGGAGCUUAAACAACGACAACAGUGACGGCAUUGAGAAUGCCAAAAAAGCAGUAGGGUUAUAUUAGCAAAACAACAACUUUGCAUGUGCAUCACGCUUAAUUGUACAUUUCUUAGCUGUCAUUGUACGACUACAACAUGUUUUGUCGAGGAUGGGAUCACAAGACAAUGACUUUCUUUUUCUUUUCUUGAACUUUGAUACAAUCCUUUAGAAUUCAACUCCAAAAAAAAUUGCCAACAUUUGACAAAAUAAACAUGGUGGAAUAAUAAUUAGUGAGAUACAGUUUGAGGCAGUGCAAAUUCUUUUUUUAAGUGACGUUUUUGUAGCUGUCCCCAUCGUUGUUGCUUAAGUUCUCUAUUAUGAAUGGAAAUACUUAAUGAAUAUGCUAGGUGUCAUGACAGCUAUGAAAGAGCUACUGUAGGUCUUCUCAUCAUUAGAUAAACUGGAUAAAUAGACACACGCACUGUAUGUUUGUAAUUUUUAUUUUUUUAUAAAUUUUUCAGCGACAAUCCUCUAAACUUGCUCAGAAUUCAGAUGAAAUGGACCUCAGAAGAAUAGAAGAUUUCGACGUGGAAAGCUACAUAGCUGUUACCAGGGUAAAGAAAGGUGGUGAUGCUUAUGCAAGCAAUGCUUAUAAUCAAGAAGCUAGUGAUAAAGCUGCUUUUAACAGGGAUGUUCCAGACGUUAGAGCUUCUGAGUAAGUUGAAAAAUUUUUCCAGCAUGUCUUAUGGCAUUAAAAAUCUCAGUCUUCACAGCUCUUAAAACUGAUGUUGGAGUUUCUAUCAUAAAUCUUCACAAUUUAGAUUAUGUGUAAGAAGCAUUUUUCUACUGCACAGUCGUUGUGACCCUACUUAGCAGGCUGAGAAAAACAAAAGACACAGCUAUAUAUGUAAAUCUUUUACGGAUGCAAAGAGUAAAGCGUACAACUUUAAGCAAAAAUUAAUUAAUAAAGUUAAAAAUAAUUAUGUGCUUCAUGUACAGUGUUACUGUAGGCAAUGUCAUAUUUUUUUAAGAAGGCUUCUAAUUUACUUAUGAUCCACGUAGGAACAUAAUUUCAUGUAUUUCCUACAUUUUCUUUUUAUUUGGUUUUUACUUGAUUUUAUUCAUAUUUUUAUUCAUUUUAACAAUAUUGUGAAUUUUAAUGCAUAGCUUAUUUUUAAAAUUUUAAAACAGGUUACAGUGCAUUAUUAUGUAUCAAUGAUUUAUUUUUUUAAAAAAUAUAAUUGUUGUUGUAAAGUGCCAUUUAACAGCAAUGGAAAUGGUGAGUUAAAAUUAAAAUAUGUUAUUAUUAUUAUCAUUAUUUUUAGGUCAAUAGUUAUGACCCAUAUAGAGAGCACUAGCUGUAAUAUAUUUUUUCAUGUUUUCAGGCAUUAUUUUUAUUUUCCAGUCAGUUUAGUGGUGGUUCCAACUGCCUAAAUAUUGAUAAAUUUCAUCACACUGCUCUUUUAAGAUCCAUUUUGUGAAUCAGUUAAAGCUUGGUUGUAUAGAGCUGUAAUUACUUUAUUUACACUAGUAAUGUACAGUGUAGUUAUUUUUUAGAAAUAAUUUUUUGCAAUUUUGUUCUCAUGAGCAGAUGCCAGCAGCAAACAUGGAAGACAGAUAAUUUGCCAACCACCAGUAUUAUAAUAUGCUUUCACAAUGAAGGGAGGGCGGCAUUACUGCGAACAGUCAUAAGGUACUGUCACUUAAGAGAAGCCGGUCUACACUAUUGUUUUAGGGCAUGCGUUCUUAACUUCCUUCCCUUCAUGAUGAAAAUAAAAAUGUGGUUAGGGUAGGACAGUACAGUGGUUUAUUAUUUUAUAACACAUCAUUUUAGAUACUAAAACAUACUGUUUUUAAAGCUUACAGUUGCAGUGUUGUGUAAGUUACAGGUGUUACUGGCAAUAAAUUGUUAAAGCCAACUCAUGAGUUUUACCCCUGUUAUCAUUUUGAAGUUAUUCAUUCCCUGCUAUUAAUUUUGUUCUUGUUUUCAUUUUAGUUCACUAAAUAGAAGUCCCCCGAAUUUGUUGAAAGAAAUUAUCCUGGUUGAUGACUAUAGUGACAAUCGUAAGUGUGAACUUUUUAUAAGUACAGUGUAAUGACAAAGUGCUUAUCCAUAGAACAAAAGAAUGAUAUAAGAUAGUUUAUAAUCAAUCUUUGAUGCUGAAAAUUAUAUUGGUUAAUGAACAGAAUUGCCUAUGAUAUUAAACUUUCAUUUUCACUCUCUUGUGGUGCUCAAGGGAGAGGACAGAAUUAAAUGAAAUGAAAGUAAAAUGAAGUAUUAAUGGCUUUUUUGUUAUAUUUUAAUCUUUUAUUUGUUUUGUAGCUGAUGAUGGCAAGCUAUUAGAAAAACUUCCUAAAGUGAGAGUGCUUAGAAAUGACAAAAGAGAAGGUGAGGAAAGCUUUCUUGUAAAUUGCUACUAGCUACAUGUACAUGUACAAUGUAGCUAGUACAUGUAUCUAUUGUUUCUUCUGGGAUUGUUUAUAAUGUAUUCUUCAUGGAAAAGGCAUUUUUUUCUGGUGACUUCAUAUUAUUUUACCUAUUUUAUGUAUAAUAGAGCAUCUUUCAUCAGGAAAACCUCACUACCUGUAGAACAGAAUAAUACAGUGUAUCUCCAUUAAGUGCGCACCACUUCAUGUCCAAGGAAAACAUUUUAUCAUACUGUUUUUAGUGCUGAGGAACAAAAAUUAAUGGCAAACAAUUCAAACAUUUGAAAUGAACAUGGUAUGCUGCCUCUCCAGGCAUAAACAAGGAAACAGCAUUAUUCACAUGUAUAUCAGAAAACAGGAAGACUUAUGGUACUGAACAUAAACAAGUGUUCAACUCUGUGAUUGCUGUUGUUCAUGUAGGACUGAUGCGGUCUCGUGUUCGAGGAGCAGAUGAAGCCAAAGGAGAUGUAUUGACGUUUUUAGAUAGUCAUUGUGAAUGUAAUAAGAAUUGGCUGGAACCACUUCUGCAGAGGAUAAAAGAGGUAGUUAAAAAGUGUGUUUGUUCAAUAGUACAUGUAGUAACGGUGUUGGUCUAGGGUCAGAUCAGGAGUCAUUAAUUUUUGCAUUGUGUUAUCAUCCAACAGUUUUCUUUUUAUCCUACACUCAAAUUCAGAAUUAAGCCUAACAAAUUUAUGGUGUAAUAAAUUACAGCUAUAAUGCAUUUUGACAGGGUCUAAACUAGAGGGAGCAGUACCCUAGUUUCCUUUGUAGGCAAUGGUACUUGGUUGUGUGUAAGGGGUAUUCUGCAUGCUCUUGGUAGGAGGUGUGUUGUAAUGUUUGGCUCUUCAUUUACAUGUAUAGCUGUAGCAUUCAGCUUCAGUAUUUUUUUUUUUUCUGUUUGUGUUUGUUUGGAAGGAAGUGGGGAAUGGGUCGGUGGCUAUCCUCUACAGCUGUGUUACUGUUCCCUUCCCUUUUUUCUUCCCUCAUCCUGUCCACUCUUUAUCAGUUUGAUCCACAUUGGGGGUCGUGGCUGAAUUACCAGGAUUUGCCAGCCAUGGGAGCUGUCUCCAUCUAGGGGCUGGCUUCUGGUAGCAGAAGUUCUGGGACUUUGUGAGGUGUUUGUUAUUAAUUUAUAAAAUUAAUAUAGUGGGAACCUGUUUUUUUUUUUUAAUUAACUCCUGAGGAAUAGGAUAUUGGUUCCAAUAUUAAUCUUCCGAAGGUUUGAAAAAAAUCAAGAGAAAAAUUUUAUUGUUUAACUGGGGCAGGCAAGUAGGUCAGCUUUGUUCGAAUAUUUACUAUUGGGUGGCUCAGUGUACUUCAUUUUGAUUUAAACAUCUAAUCUUUUUAAUGUCAUUUCUUUUUAGAAGCGUAAUAUGAUUGUAAGCCCUAUCAUUGAUGUCAUUAAUAUGGAUAAUUUUGAAUACAUGGGCUCUUCAUCAGAUUUAAGAGGAGGUGAUUACUCUCUUGCAUUCAAUUUGUUUUACUUUGCUGUGUUAACAGUUUACAGUAUUUGUUUUUUUUUGUUUUUUGUUUUACUAGUCAGACCAUAUGAAGCCUGUACAUGUACAUGUACAUGUAUAUGUUGUAGUUAAUUUUUAUUUCAGUUAAUUUUUAUUUUUCCAUUGUUUCUGGGUAUGGUUAUGUAUGCUAAUGAAUUUAAAACAAAGGAAAACCAAAAAUUAACUGAAAUAAAAAAUUAACUGCAACAUAUACAUGUUCACUUACAUGUGCAUAAUAUAAAGGGUCUUUGUUUUAAAUUUUUCGGGUAAUGUUUUAGACUUGAAGAAAUGCACAUUCUCUCGGGCUUACCUUCAAUUCAUCAGCUAAAACGCACUUCUAGGGUGUCCAAAAUUUACGAUUGAAAAUUUCAUUUCACAGGAUUUGGAUGGAAUUUGAAUUUCAAGUGGGAUUACUUGCCAGCAAAUGUCCUCGCAGAACGUGCAGGCCGUCCCAUGGAUCCUAUCAAGUAAUAGUCUUCUUUUUUGUGUUUGUUUUUUCUUCUUGUCCUCUUUAGAAGGCCAUGGUGCAUAGAAAGUCAGGUGAUAUUACAUCAUGUAGCAUCAUGUAAUUGCCCAAAAGUUAUUUCAACUCUCCAAACAUAUUCUUGAUGAGCACUGAUUCCCACCUAAACAACCUUCACUAAUGUGGGAAGUUAAGAUAAGAGUUCACUAGUCUGAUGAAUCCACUAGCCUCAGGCUAUCGGACACUAGAUGUACUAUCUUUGCACACUGUAUUAGGCUCUUCCAAUAAUUAUAGUUUGUUAUGAAAUCAUGAAUAGGCAUACUCACAACAGUAAAUUCACAUUGCAUACAAGUGAUAGACAACAAAUAAUUUAAUAAUACUAUAAUACUACAGCUGUAUAACAACAAUAUUUAUUGUUGUUUCUCUGCCGUUCUUUACUGAAUUAAGUGAAAUUCUAUUUAGGACCCCUGUUAUUGCUGGAGGACUGUUCUCUAUUGACAAGAAAUGGUUUGAGAGAAUUGGAAAGUAUGAUAUGGAUAUGGACAUAUGGGGUGGAGAAAAUCUAGGUCAGCUGGAAUUCUUUCUUUUUAUUAACACUAACUGUUAG